AUUAUCCACAUCAUGAGCCGUUUACUCAACACGCCCAAAUCUCUCCAACUCAGCAUCGGACCAUCAUAAUCGAUUUGCCUAUCUCCAACACACUUGCUACAAUGUCCAAGGCUGCGACGUUGCUGUUUGCCCAUGGCGGCGGCUUCUGCAAGGAAACGUGGGAGCCCAUUGUGCGUCGCUUGAAGAACUCCUCUCUUCUGCAGACUGUCGACACGAAGUUCGAGAGCUUCGACUUCAAGUAUCACGGCAGCAAUCGGGACGAGUCGGUGGAGGCUAAAAUCGACCUGGACAACCCUGCUAGGCCGAGAGUAUACCACCCAGCAUCCGACCUGACUGCUUGGACCUCUGCAGAGGUGUUGCAACAAGCUCGUACGUUGAAGAGCAAGAGCGUCGAUACUCCUUUGAUCGGUAUUGGCCACUCGAUGGGAGCUUCAGCCAUGUGGAACACCGAGGCACAGUACCCGGGCACCUUUGAUGGUCUCAUCUUGUUCGAACCGGUGUAUGGCAACCUGAACUCCGACAUCGUCACUACUUUCCUCGUGUCUAUCACAUUGCAGCGAGAAUCUUCGUGGCCCACGCGAGCUGCAGCGGAGGAGCAUCUGCGUAAUUUCAAGAAUUUUGCGAAUUGGGACCGCGAGUCGCUGGACGCUUAUAUGAAAGGAGCCCUCGUGGAAGACGAGAAGACGGGAAAGACUGUACUGGCUUGCAGUACGCCCAUCGAGGCCUCGCUUUACUGCCACAAGCUUCUGCACAUGAACGACCAGCAGCUCGCAAAGCCGAAGUGCCAGAUCUUCUUCCACUAUGGCAGUCGCACCAAGAUGUUCCAACCCCCCGUCUUUCAAGAGCUCAGUGAAAAGUGGCCGAGCAUCUACACACUGGAGAAACCCAUUGCCAAUUCGUCCCACGCAAUGGUCCUGGAGAAACCGGCAGAAUCGGCGCAGAAUAUUUUGGACAACCUGCAACAGCUCGAGCCAUUCAGAGAGGAGCCCCAACUCAAUGUUGCAAGUGCUUCUCGAAUGUAGACUGCAUGAAUACACGGUGCUCACCAAAAAUGUAAACCUCUAUAAUUGCGAGAUGUUCACUUCUCUAUAAUUAC